ACAUCACUGAGGAUUAUUUCAGACCAAUCAGAAGGCAUUUGAUGACAUGGGCAAAAGGAGCAUCCUGUUCCUGCACAAUAUAUAAGCAUCAACAUACAAUCAUUUCUGCUGUGUUUGUUUUACCUUCUCAGAUCCAAGAAUGGAUUCAAUGGAAAUUGAUGAUGACAUAUAUAUACACAAGAGCCUCACAACAGCAGGCCUUGCUACUCAAGUGGAUUUUCAGAAAAGAAAACAGCCCUCCAGAUGUGCGUCUGUGUGUCUUGGGUUACUGUGUGCUGUCCUGCUGGCUGGUAAUAUAGGACAAAUUAUCUACUAUAAUAUAAUCAUCCAUUGCUCAUCGUUGGACCCAACGCAGGCCAAUUACAACACACUGACUCAAGAGAAGGAAUAUCUCCAAAAUAAUAAUGACAACCUGACUACAGAGAAAGACCAACUGCAGAGAAAUUAUGAUUCUUUAACUGUAGAGAGAAAAGAAUUAGAGGACAGACUGAGCAACCUGACUAAAGACAAAGACCAGCUCAAGGCCGGUUUCAACAAUCUGAAAAACGUAAGAGACCAGUUGCAAGCAAAUUACAGCAACUUAAAACAAGAGAGUGACCGAUUACUGACAAGGUAUAACAAUGUGCAGAGGGAUCUUCAGGGGUUACAGACUAAACACAAUAAUCUGACAGCAAGUAAAGACCAGCUACAGACCAAAUACAGUAACCUGCAACGAGAAAAAGAUGAGUUACAGUCUCGUUUUAGUACAGCGAUGAUCAAUUUGACAGAUUACUCCUCGCUGAAGAGAAAUAAGGACCAGCUGCAAAGACGCUACAAUACCCUGAGUACAAGCAAAGAUCAACUUCAGACCAGCUACAACUCACUCUUGAGAGACAAAGACCAAUUGCAAACAAGAUAUAACAGUCUGUGGAGGGUAAAGGAGUGGUUACAGGCCAAUUACAGCAUUUUGGCUACAGGGAGAGAUCAGUUACAGAGCAAUUACUCGUCACUGAAAAGGGAUGUGGACCAGUUGCAAGGACGUAUCAAUACUCUCAGUACAAGUAACAAUCACCUUCAGAUCAGCUACAAUUCACUGUGGAAAGACAAAGACCAACUACAAACCAGAUAUAACAGUCUGUGGAGGUUAAAGGAGUGGUUACAGACCAAUAAUAGCAUUUUGGCUACAAGCAAAGAUCAGUUACAGAAGAAGGUCGACAAGUUGGCGGUUAAAUUAAGAGCCAGGCCCUGUCAGACAGGCUGGAGGAAGUUUGAUAUCAGCUGUUAUUUUAUGUCAACCCUGAAGAAAAACUGGACAGAGAGCAGGAAAGCCUGCAUUGCCAAGGCAGCAGAUCUGGUAGUCAUAGACAGCAGGGAUGAACAGGCUUAUGUUAAUGGGUUACUGGGCGUGAGCCAAAACGCCUGGAUUGGUCUGACCGACCACCUUAAAGAGGGGACUUGGAUGUGGGUGGAUGGGACCCCUGUCACCAUACAGUACUGGCAGCCCGGGCAGCCCAACAGCUUCAAUGGGAACCAGGACUGUGGAGAAAUCGUGCAGCAAUCAUUGGGAAAGGUGGGAGAGUGGAAUGAUGAUGGCUGUUUUUCAGAGCAGCUCUGGAUAUGUGAGAAAUAAAAUCACAAUGGUUUACUCUGUUAACAAAGGUGUGCAGCCUUGGACUGUCUAAUGUUUGUCUUGACUGUUUAAGUCUAGUGAUAUUCUACAUUGCUCAAUUGUCAACGAACAAGUAGGUUUGGGUUUGGCCAAUACAAUGAACAGAUGUAGCAUUUGUGAUGUUAACGAUAUGGGAAAAUAGCAUGAGCAACAUCUUUUAUUAGAAACAGUCACUUUUAUUUUGGCUAAUCCACAGAAAACAACGUAAAUGUUUCCUCCAUUGCUUCUUUUCUACUUUUUCUUCUAUAGAAAGAAAAGCUCCAAAUGUUUAGUUUUUAAAUUCAACAGCAUUUUCUAACUAAAGCUGUGACCGCUUUUUUGUGAUUUGGAUGAUGCAACCCUUCCAUAGACAUAUCACAUGGCAAAAAACAUUUACAAAUGCAGUUUGACCAAUAUUAUUACCAUCCGCAGCAAUCAAAAUCUAAAUAGUUGUAUAUAUAUAUAUUUUUAAUGAUUUUUGACCACUAAUCUUUGAUGCAGAGAAUCUGUGUCUCAUGUGAUGGAAAAUCAAUUUCUUGAUUGUACAAAAACUUAUUUUACUCUCCUGUAGGAUUCUGUGAGCUUUGUCGCAGCUUUAGAAAUGUUUUAAUUGUGCCUUCUGUUGAUUAAUUAAUAUGUAUGAAAAUAAAUGUGUAGUACAAAUAUUGCAUACCACAAAACUAUACAACCCUUGCUCAUGAUAUUAAUUAUUUACUCUUCUACUCCUCACUGAUAACAUGAUACUGUUGAAUUAAGCUGCGUAGCAGAAGCUAAUUUCCUCCUCUGUUUUUUCCCCAAUUUGCUGUUUGUGUUUGAGUUUGGCAUAGCUGAAUUAAUUAUUUACUCUCUUCCCUGGGAACAUAAAUAGCAACUACACACUGAAUGUUUACAGUGAGUUCAAUCACAUUAACUAAACAAUAUUGGAAUAAAAACAUUACAAAGA